UUGAUCUUUCCGAAUUUAAACUCCCGCCCCCUCCACAUCCCCGGUAUUUCUAUCGAGCUUCAUCGACAUAAUUCUGCCGGCCUAGCCCGACGUGAUAAAACCUUCGCGAACAAUGGCCGACCAGUCCGCGCCAGCAGCUCCAAUUCCUGGCAGCACAGACCAGAACCCUGCGUCACCUGUUCAUCCGCUCCAGGCGGAGCUUAUUCCCGCUGAACUACCAGAGGAUAACGAGGACGACGACAAUGACUCGGCUCUUGGUGUCAAUGACGCUUUGAGUUCGACCGCGUCUGUUGCAUCAAGCGUCCUCCAUUACCGAACCAUCCAGGGCCGUACCUAUCACAGCGAGAGAUACAACACAGAGUAUAUCAUGCCCAACGACGAUCGGCAGAGCGAGUCCAUCGACAUCACACAUCAUUAUCUCACGCUUCUCCUUGGCGGCAAGCUCUUCCUUGCACCCAUCAAAGACGACAUUCAGAAAGCUCUUGAUGUUGGGACUGGGACAGGAAUAUGGGCAAUUGAUUUUGCCGAUCAGUUUACCAACACUGAAGUCAUCGGCAUGGACCUCUCUCCAACCCAGCCGACCUGGGUCCCGCCGAACCUCAAGUUUGAGCUCGACGACGCGACGCAAACGUGGAGCUGGCCUGAUAGCACGUUCGACUUUGUGCACAUUCGGUACCUCUUUGGUGGCAUCGCCGACUGGAACGCGCUUUUCAAGCAGGCCUACCGCUGCUGCAAGCCGGGAGGCUGGGUCCAGUCCUGCGAGGCCGAUGCCUCUGUCUCCAGUGAUGAUGGUACUGCCGAUGGAAUCCCUGCGAUAAAGACGCUGAACACGCUCAUAAAAGAGGGCGGGAAGAAGUUUGGCCGGAGUCUUUGCGUGCUUGAGGAAGACUUGCAGAAGAAAGGGUUUGAGGCGGCUGGUUUUGUCGAUAUCCAAGAGGUGAACUUCAAGGUCCCUGCCAGCGGGUGGCCCCAAGACCCCAAGAUUCGAGAGGUUGGGCAGUUUGUCAAGUUGGCGUUGGAGAAUGAUCUUGAGGGAUACACGCUGAUGCUAUGGAAAAACGUCCUGAACUGGCCCGAAGAGGAGUUCCAAGUUUUCCUCAUGGGCAUGCGCAAUGUCUUGAAAAACAAGCGUAUCCAUGGAUAUUUCAAGGUGCGCUAUGUGUACGGGCGUAAGCCUGCGGAUGGGAUGGCUUAAAGCCUUUGCGUCCAGUGGUCUUCAUUCUUCCGUUCGUUUCGGUUCCUUCCUCCCUCCCCUACGAUACGCAUGUUUUCCUCUUUCCUAGUACCUUAAUUAGCUCUCCAAUCUCAUCCUUCUUCCGCACCGUGCGCUUUGGACGUGCCCUUGAUCGGGUCCACACCCACGCGCUUUGCCUCCUGAUUUAGAGCAUCUAUCCCCGCCUGCCCGAGUUGUGUCUCCCGCCUCCUCC